AUGGCUGAAAGCCAGGAUGUUCAAAAGGAACAAGCAGAUGCCAAUGGCAGAAAGAACGAACACGAGCUCAAAAUGGGUGAUUUAGUUUUAUUCAUUGCUAGUAAUUUACCUACUCGUGCCGUUUCUGCGGUAUACAAAACCAAAUUACGUCCACGCUUUAUCGGACCUUUUAAGGCUGUAAGCAAGAACGAAGGGGUUGUCCCUGCCCGAAGGAGAGGGGAGGGUAGUACGGCACCGGAGUUGCAUAUAGGCUCUGAAGGCAUACAAAAAGAUCAUGGAUUGAUGGGUCAUCGACCCCCGCCAACGCUGACUGAUGAGCGGGGUCAUCAACACUUUCACUUUGAGCGUCUAUUGGCGCGACGUCUUCACCAGGAUCACACCCAGUAUCUGGUAAAGUGGAGGGGGUACUCUCAGUCGUAUGACUCAUGGAAGUACAAAGUGCCCCUACGGCAAGACUGUCUGGAAGUCUUUAAAGCUUUUGAUCGGGAAGAUCAGAAGCUGCGACAGCCGUCGCCAGAUGCUUCCUAG